ACAAGUUUGGUUUGUUUAUUUGUGUAUAAGUUGUUUUGUUUUCUUAUAGACGCACGGUAUGCUAUACAUUUUUAGAUGGUAAAGCACAAUUAUUUUUGUGCAAAUAAAACAAUGCCAUUGAGGUUAAAGAUCAUUGGUUUUGAAAGGAUGGUGUUUGGGGUGGAUGUAGCAACAUCGGCUGUCAGACUUAAAAUGGAGUCAGGAUUGUGGGCUAAGAGAAGUGGGGUUAAGAUAAAGAUGCAAGAUGCAUUAUGUAAGCAGACAGAGUACUCUCUCUCUCCCUCUCUCUGCUUGGUUAAUGUUCACUAUGCAGCUGGGUUCAAAAGUCAAGUAUUCAUGUGAAAUAGCUAGACCGGCAAGAACCAAAGAGCUACAGAUGAUUUAAGCCAAGCGAGGAAACAUGAUCACAAUCACUGAGUUUCAGAAAAUCGGUGUGGGUUUGUCUGGAUUUGGUGUGUUCUUUGUGCUGUUUGGAGUGCUUCUGUACUUUGACUCUGUCUUGCUGGCAUUUGGGAAUAUUCUGUUCCUGUCAGGCCUGGCUUUUAUCAUUGGCUUGAGGAGGACGGCCCACUUUUUCUUCCAGAAACAGAAGCUCAGAGGCACCACCUUUUUUCUAGGGGGUGUGGCUUUAGUGUUGCUAAAAUGGCCUCGUAUUGGCAUGCUGGUAGAGAGCUAUGGCUUUGUGCUUCUAUUUAAAUCAUUCUUCCCAAUGGCCUUUGGGUUUUUUGGAACAGCCUUGAACAUACCCUUUUUAACUACGAUGUAUAACAAGUUAUCAGGAAGCAGGUCCUCAAUGGUAUAAAAGCGGCCAUCAAGAUAUUCUGGAGCAGUCAGUGAGGAAAAUAAAAAAGUCUUACAACGACUGCAUGUGCCAUUGCAAUGCACUGUUAAACACUGUUAUUUUGAAUGAACUGUGGUAUUUUAUACAUUGUUUUAUAAGGUUUAUUUUAAUAUUUGUGUUUAUAUUUAAACCUUACACAAGGAUAACGGUUCCUGGUUAUUACACUGCAUGUGUCCUCUUUAACAUCCACAGAACCUUUUUAUUGCACAAUAGCUUCUUUAUACAGUGGAAAAAAUACCAUUUUGCAAGACAUAAGCAACACUGGUCCAGCCUCACUUUCUGUUUCAAUUAUUUUUAUCUUUCCAAUUGUACAUGUAUAAUUAAGUUUUAAAGAUGUUUGUUUAACAUUUCAAUUCAGUUUUACAUGUUCCGUUGGUUAAAUUUUUUAUUUCUAUCGUGUAGUGUAAAAAAGGAAGUGCUUCUGGACCAGGGUUGUUUACAACCAAAAAAGGUCUAUAUAAAUGUAAGUAAGAGAUGUAUCUUUUACAAAAAGUUCAUUGAGAAACUGAACAUAAUUCUUUCAUGGCAUCGCUGCGAAGAACCCUUUUUCGAACCUUUAUUUUUAAGAGUGCUUGUUGAAUAAACAAUAAGGUCCAAUGUUUCAGUCAAUAUGUUUUGCAUUUUUAUAUAGUUUACAAUUUAAUUUAUUAAAAAUGCUUUUUUGGUCCACAUGAAACAAUAAAUACGCUACAAAAUCAGUAUAUUGUUUUCACUGGGUGUGAGACAUACGUAAGUCUGCACUUCCUGUCUGUUUUUAGCGCAUUUUCUUCUCAAGAUCAACGCAGGUAAAAAAUCCUGUGUACAGAUUGUUGACCAGCUCUCAGCUGAGUAAUGAAUGCGUAUUUUUAUUUUCUGAUCAUCUCAUUUCAAUUCCAUUUGACCGCUUCCUCACAACUUCAUGAAGUAUCCAAAAACAGAAACUCAAAUUAAUACAUAUACUCCAGUUAAUAUAUAUGAAGACUUUGUGUUUCUGGAAUGUUCUUGUGAAAUGGAUGUGUGCUGCAUGC